AUGACCCUCCCCCAGCUCUUCUCCCCCAAGCUCUUCCUCGCCGAAUGCGGCACGGACACCAUGCUCGUCUACAAAGACAAGAUCCCGCUCCCCUGCUUCUCCUCCCUGCCUCUUGUGAACACCGAGCCCGGCCGCAAGAUCAUUCUGCAUUACUAUAAGGUGUACAUCGAAAUCGCCACGGCCAACGGCACCGGUAUCGUGCUGGAUACGCGCACCUGGCGCGGCGCAGCGCCCUGGGCCCAGGCUCUCGGGCUCUCCGUCGCCCAGCUGCUCGAGCUCAACCGUGGCGCGGUGCGGCUGGCUAAAGAAGCGCGCCGCGCGGCAACUGUGCCUGUUGCAAUCAGCGGGACCAUGGGUCCGCUGCGGGAUGCAUACGAGGACACGACGGACCUCCUCACGCUGGAGGAGGCGAGGGCGGGAUACCGCGAGCAGGUGUAUGUGCUUGCUGAUGCGGGCGUGGAUCUGCUGACACUGCUAACGAUGACGAAUCUGUGUGAGAUAAUUGCGGUGGUGGAGUUGGCGAGGGAGGUGGGGUUGCCGGUUGUGGUGUCGUUUAUGGUGCAGGAGGAUGGGAGGAUGCUGGGCGGGCAGAGUCUGGAGAGCGCGAUAAGGACCGUCGAUGACCGGACGGGUGGGUAUGUCUCCUACUAUGGGGUGAACUGCGUGCAUCCGCUGCGUAUUGUGAACGCACUGCGGGAUAUGCCGGAGGAUGUGCGGAGUAGAAUUGGAAUGAUCAAGGGGAAUGCGAGCAUGAAGAGCCAUCAUGAGCUGGAUAACACCGAUACUUUGGAUCGGGGAGAUAUUGCUGUGUUUACGGCAGGGGUCGAGCAGGUCCUGGCGUAUGUACCCAACCUUAGGGUUCUGGGGGGAUGUUGUGGCACGGAUGAAGAGCACCUCGAGGCUGUUGCCAAGCGGUGCAUCAAAUAG